UAAGAGUUCAAAAUCAAUGAGAUUCGUCUGUGGAAUCGAACUCCUGACAAAGCUGUGGGACUGUCGACUUUGUUGGAUAAGACUAAGAACUCUUUUGUUAAUCCAAAUCUCAUAGUCAGAGUGUUUUCAACAAUCAGAGAAUGUGUUUCAAAUGCUGAUAUUAUCGUUACUUGUACUCGAACAGUUGAACCUAUACUACACUUGAAUAUGUUGAAAAAAGAUGUACACAUCAAUGCUGUUGGAGCAGCACCUGGCGGCAAGCAUUACUGUGAACUUGGUCAAGACAUUUAUGAUAUUGCUCCUGUAUACGUCGACAGUUUGAAUGGAGCGAAAACAGAUCUUGCUGAUUUGAAAACCAAUAUUGUGUGUGCGGUGGGUGAAGUUAUACUUGGUGUUGGCAAGUGUCCAGAGAAAGGGAUUUCAGUGUUUCAGUCAUUGGCUUAAUUUAUCAUUCUUGUUCUCCCCCAUCGGAUAUCUUUUUAUUCAAAAAAAAAAAAAAAAAUGGCUUCUCCUAUUUUUAUAUCGAACGAUGAUGUUAAAAGUGUUUUGACUUGGUCAUUAGUCAAUGAAUCAACUGAAGAAGCUUUUAAAUCUGUUGUCGUAGGCAAAGAAAAAUUAACAAAAGAUCAAGAUCAGCCAUUUGCCAACCAAAGUGGUAGAACUAUGACAUCGACCCACGAUGAAAAAGUAUGGCUUUUUAAUAUGGCAGCAUAUAUUGGCAAUCAUAAAGUAACUCUAGAAGAUGGUAAUCGCAAAGCUUUUGGAACUUUAGCAUGUAAAUCACUGACAUGGUCGGAGUUCACUAAAGAACUCAAUCCACCAAUGCCAACAAUCCUUGGCAGUAUUUGUCUUCUUGAUGAACGAACUGGACAAUUGCAAUGUGUUAUGGAUGGAACACUCAUAACUGCCUGGAGAACAGCUUCUGCAUCUGUUAUAGCCACAAAGUAUUUGUAUUUUGGAAGAAAAAACAUAAACGCAUCUGAUGGAGUUACUUUGGCUAUUAUUGGUUGUGGAGUUCAAGGCGGAAGUCAUGCUUUAGGAAUGUGUACCGAGUUCAAUGUCAAUGAAAUUCGUCUAUGGAAUCGAACAGGUAGCAAAGCUGUGAAACUUUCUGCUGAGUUGGAUAAGGCUAGGAAGACUUUUGUAAAUCCAAAUCUCAAAGUGACAGUUUGUUCAACAGUUGAAGAAUGUGUUACCAAUGCUGAUAUUAUUGUCACUUGUACAUUCAUGGAUAAACCUCUUUUACACUUAGAUAUGCUGAAGGAAGAUGUUCACAUCAAUGCUGUUGGAUCUUAUAACGACCAUAUCAGUGAACUUAGUCAAGACAUUUAUGAUGUUGCUUCUGUGUACGUCGACUAUUGGACUGGAGCAAAAACAGAGCUUACUGGUUUAAAAACCAAUUUUGUGUGCGAAGUGGGUGAAGUUAUACUUAGUGGCAAGUGUCCAGAGAAAGGGAUUUCAGUGUUUCAGUCAUUGGGAAUGGCCGUAGAAGAUGCUGCCGUUGGUCAAGCUGUUUUUCAGAAUUUAAAAAAUAAAAAGCAAACCAAAAGUAGGUUAUAAGUUCAACUUAAAGUAUUGAUUAAAUGAAAUAAUGUACCAUUUGUAUAUCAAUAAUUAUUUUGAAAUAUAAAAAUGUAUUAAAAAUAAAAUGUAAUUCAUUAAAAAAAAGGACAUACAUAUACGCCAUAGAACCCCACUAAACUAAAAUGUGCCAUGAGGCACAUGGCACAAAUUUAGAAGAAUGGUGAAUACUUUGUUGAAAAAUUUUUAUAACCUUUGUUACAUAAUUUUUCGAGCUCAGAAUUUCAAAUUGAAUUUAUGACCUUGUGCUCAAAAAGUCUUUCGUCUCUGACAGGGAACCAUUUCUCAUAUAUGUAUUAAAUGUGGGGUUCUUUAUUGCUUGUUUUAUAGAAAAAAAAAUAACAAACACAAGUUUAAAAUUCAGACUUGGUAAACAAACAUGCUUUACUUAACUUCUGGAAAUUUUGUUUCAGUUAACACGUAUAAGUUUAUUUUAAAACCCACUUUUUACGACUGCAAUAAAAAAAAGUAGCACAUCAAAUCAUAAUACCAAAUGAGGCCAAUAAAUUAACAGUCAUUAGAUUUAAACAAAUAAAAUUAUCAUGUUUUGCUCUUGCUUUUAGAGUUUAGUACAUAAAACUAAAAUUGUGCCUAU